ACUAACUGUAUCUCGGGCGACGUGAAUGAUCUUAUUGAUGGGGAUGUCAUUCAGAAGUAUGGGUUCCCAAUCGUUAAACUUUAUCAUUGGGAAUACAAACAUAAAAGUAAUGAAAAAACACACGACUUGAGUAAGUACAAUGCGUUGUAUGACCUAUCUUUAUCUUGUAGGAACUUCGAGUAUAAUUGGGUAUUACCAACCAAUUUGACUCGACUUGAUAUGUUUGAUCAAAACAUUGUGAAUUUGAGUCAACUUCAGAAUCUACAGAUAUUAAUUACAAAUCAAAUUCCUCAAUGUCAGUUGAAUCAAUUAACUUAUUUUGAAUUGUCCUAUCCAAAAAAAUUUAAUGCAAAAGAAAUCAAUGAUAUUGGAAAUGUCAAAGAGUUUAUUAUCGAGUAUUUUAGAGAAGAGUUGCUUGAUCUGUACGACUUGGAAAUAACUAAUGUUAACAUUAGACAUUUUAAUGGGAAGAAUAUCGUGUUAUCACCCCACAUAGAAUCGCUAAUUGUUUCCAAUAUAAAUAUUGAGCAACUCGUUAUUCCCAAAUCCGUCAAAACUCUAUAUUGUCAUUCUUCAGAAACUUUAAUCUCACUUCAAUUUGAAAAUGGAAUUCAAUUAGAAAGUGUCAUAUUGAAUAGUUGCGAAAACCUUAACAAAUUCACUUUACCUAAAUCAGUUAAGACUCUCAAGUUGGAGUCCGACAUCGAAGCUAAAAUCCUCAACAUCCAAGAAUUGAUUUUAUAA